AUGAGGUUGCUGUUACUCUUAGGUGUUUUGUUUGCAGUUGUAGCAAUUUUUUUCUUCCCUUCUGAGGCCGAUGCCAACAAAUUGGUUCCGAAAGAGGGAAGGAAAGAAAAGAUUGGCCAUCAUGUCCUAGUGAACGCCCAUACUGGCAGAAAGCUAGAUGGUGAAAAUGAACAAACUGCGGAAAAUGGCGGCGGUGAUAGCGGAGACAACAAAGAUGGAGAUAGUGGUGACGGUGAUGAUAAUGGAGGCAAUGAAAAUGGAGAGAGUGAUGGUAGUGAUGGUACUGAGAAUGGAGAUGGAGAGAGUGAUGGUAGUGAUGGUACUGAGAACGGAGGAGAGAGUGAUGGUAGUGAUGGUACUGAGAACGGAGAUGGAGGGAGUGAUGGUAGUGAGAACGGAGGCAAUGAAGAUGGAGAGAGUGGUAGUGGUAAUGGAGGGAAUGAAGACGGAGAAAAUGGUGGCAGCGGAGAUAGUGCUGAGGGUGGUGAUAACGGAGGAGGCAAUGAGAAUGGGGAUAGUGCUGAGGGUGGUGAUAACGGAGGAGGGAAUGAAGAUGGGGAGAGUGGUGACAACGGGAAUAGUGAUAACGGAGGAGGGAAUGAAGAUGGGGAGAGUGGUGACAACGGGAAUAGUGCCGAGGGUGGUGAUAACGGAGGAGGGAAUGAAGAUGGAGAGAGUGGUGACAACGGGAAUAGUGCCGAGGGUGGUGAUAACGGAGGAGGGAAUGAAGAUGGAGAGAGUGGUGACAACGGGAAUAGUGCCGAGGGUGGUGAUAACGGAGGAGGGAAUGAAGAUGGGGAGAGUGGUGACAACGGGGAUAGUGCCGAGGGUGGUGAUGACGGAGAAGGGAAUGCAGAUGGGGAGAAUGGUGACAACGGGGAUAGUGCCGAGGGUGGUGAUAACGAAGGAAAUGAAGAUGGAGGCGAUGCGGCUUUCAGAAAAUCAACUAAACAUAGCCCAGAAGUUUCCCAUUAA